AUGAUGGAAGAACCUGACAACGACUUCCUGAACACAUCUUUCGACAAGUCCGCUUCCUUCAAGUCGGGAGUGAUCCGCCGAAUUCAAAGUUCGGCUUCUUUUAUCAGUUUGGCCAAGUUCAAUGUGGCUGUCCAGCUUCUGGACGACAGCGAGAUCAUUUCCAACGAAUUUGGGGUAACCUUAUCUCUCGCAAAAGGUUUAUUUGCAGAAAAACACAUUAGGAAAGGACAUUCUGGAGUUGGCAUGCAAUAGACUCGACAUCACGGACAAGGAAUACUUUGGAUUACGCUACAAUUCUGAAUUCAAAUAUCGUGUAAGUUGUUGUUCAAGUAAUUUCAACCCAGUUUUAGUUUUGGCUCGACCUCGACAAAACGCUUCACAGGGAGUUCAACCGUAAGUGAAUUGAAUUAAUUUUAGGUAAAAAUAAAGUUUAUUUAUAAGUUGUUUACAAAUAGUAUAUUUAACUAAUUUAUAUUGUUUUAGACGAAAACGUUGGGUUUUGUUUCCGGUUUCGUUUUUAUCCCGUUGAUCCUGUAGAUCUUGCAGAUCCUGUUGUAAAGUAAGUUAAUCCUGCAUUAUUGAAUCGGAUUUUAGGGAUCUAUUAUGUAUUCAGCUCCAAAGGGAUCUUCUUCAUGGGCGGUUGCAGUCGACUCAUGAAACGGCUGCUCAGUUAGGAGCUCUUAUCUUGCAAGGUGAUUGUUGUUUGUUUGUUUAGACUAAUUAAUCAGGAACAACUUUUAACAGCGAUAAUAGAGCAUCAUAUCAUUUUUAUGUUAAAAAGAACAGAUUUUAACAAUUGAAAGUUGGUUUUAGGUAACAUUGGCGACUAUGACGAAGAAAGGAAUCCGCCUGGUUAUGUAUCUGGCUACAAGCUGGUCUUGAAGCAGUCAGAGAAGCUAGAAGAAAAAAUUGCCGAGAUUCACCAAACUUACAGGUAUUUAGACUUUCAAGUGUAACUUAAGAGAAAAGUUUACAUUUCUUGAAGUGUAAUGUCCUUUUUUGUAAAUUUAAAUUAAUCCAUAACAAUUAUUUUAGUGGAUGGAGCAAAGACGAUGCGUUUGACCAGUUCUUACGGAUUGCCUCAUGCUUAGAUACCUACGGCUUUGAUCCCUACUCAGUAAAGGUAACUUAUCAUACUGUAUAUUGAUGAUUUAGACUCAGAAAAACGAGAUCAAUGUUGUCAUUGGCAGCACUCCCAAGUACUUUAUUGGAUUUGUGUUCAACCAGAUUGUCUUUAGAAUACCGUGGUAUGUUAAUUUUUUAGGUAAUACUAAACGUUAGGUUUUAACAGAGAGCUUUAUUGAGAGUUAUGUAAAGAUGUUUCAAUUUUAGGAUGUUUAUAAAAGACAUUGAUCACUGUGGCAAAAAUGUUGUUCUUACUUUGAUAGACACCUACUUCCAAGAAUAUCUACACCAACCCGACUGUGUUAAUCCAGAAACAGUGCUGAAUAGUAUUCCAGGACCAGCCGUUAUGAAGGUAAGUUGUUAUUAACUCCGCCAUAGUUAAAGAAUUUCAAGUUUAUAGCUUAAUUAAGUAUAUUAUUAUUAGGGAUAACCUAUGUUAUUGUAGGAAGCCUUGUUACCGACUCCGAACAAGAAGCAGCUCAAGUUCGUGUGCCCGAAGUCGACGUAUGCCAAACAUUUGUGGAAGCAUCUGUUGUCCCAGAAGAUCUUCUACAACGAGUCUUCUGUUACCGACUUUAAACCUAAGUUUUCAAGGUCUCGAGUACCACUCUUCAGAGGUUCUUUAUUCAGAUGCCCUACAGCACGAACGAUGAAGGAAAUGAAGGCGGUCGAAGUGAACACUAGGAUCCAGAAGUCUUACUCUUGCCAUACGUAAGUAGCUUGAAUUAUAAUAAAGUAUAAUUCCUUCAGUAUGCAAUAGUUAAAAUGCCAUUACUUUGAUUUAUAUAAGUUACUACGAAUAAUAACUUUACAGCCUCCCGAGGCAGAAGCCAAUAUCCAUAAUUAACUCGGUCUCGGAGUCAAUCACAUCGCUCGACGAGAAAGGAGACAUGGAGAUCAUUCAGGAAAAGGUCAUUGUGCAGAUCCGAGAAGAAGCGGAAGAGGUCGAAGAAGGGAUUGCCCAACAGGUACAACGUACUACUAUUGUGACAACCUGUGAAGAAGAAACACCAGCAGAAGAAGUUCAACAAGAAAGUGUUACUGUAACAAAGGAAGAGAUUGUUACAGUAACCGUCAAACCACAACGUACAGAAAAACCUCCAGAACCGGACGUCAAACGAAAUGGUGUUCACAGAGUAUCGUACUCGGAACCCAAACUUAUUACCUCGAGAUCGACAGCAUUUAGACUAAUAUCAGCGAUCCUCACUGUCGUCCUCAUCAUGCUCCUUAUCUCUGGUGUCAUUUAUGUUGUUUUUGAGGUUUGUUAUCUAUUAACAGGGUUUAUAAAGGUCAUACGUCAUUCAACUAACAAUAUUAUUGUAGGUACCCACCACGUACACGACUCAUCUCCCCUACUUCGGUGAAUUAAGAUACAAUCAUUACAUUCCAUUGAAAACCAAGCUGACCAAACUACUGAACUUGUAA